AUGGCAAAUCCUCAAAACUAUUUAACUGAAGUAAAUUUAAAGUUAAAUGAGGACAGCUUUCAAGCACAAAAUCAAAUAAACAAUAGUCAUCCAAUUAACAUGGGCCAUUUUUCAACGCCAUCGGAUCCUCCACCACCGUUUCCCGGAUCUAGUCCACCACAAUUUAUGUCUUCACAACAAUCAUUUCCCGGAUCUGGUCCAUCACAAUUUAUGUCCUCACAACAACCGUUUCCCGGAUCUGGUCCACCACAAUUUAUGUCCUCACAACAACCGUUUCCCGGAUCUGGUCCACCACAAUUUCAGUCCUCACAACAACAAGGUUUCUCAAACCAACCUUCGCAACAACAAAUGUCCUCAAUACCACAAUCUUUCAAUCAGUUUCCACAAGGACAGCAACAAUACUUCCAGCAGGUUAAUCAAGGUCAAUAUUCACAAAAGCAGCAACCACACACGUAUCAACAAGCAAACAUGGGAUUCUCUCCUACUCAGCAACAAAUGAGAAACGUUUCAAACCAACAACAGACAAGCGCUUUACCUCAUGAACAAGUCAUUUAUGUAGAGCAACCUCCUCCUCCUUCUGUGAUGGUAAUGAAUCCGAAUCAGGAUCAAAAUCCGGGAAUUGUUAGCAUUUCUUCUCAUACACCAGUAAUAGUAACAUGUCCGUAUUGUAAUAAUAUCGUAAUUACGUCGGUAACUAAAACUAUCGGAUCACCUGCAUGGUAA